CAGACUAAUAAGAGUUCCUGAAAUAUAUCGAAGACUGUUAUCUAUUGGAAUGUGGAUUAGUUACACUUGUUCACAAUGUUACUCAUUAAGAAUUCAAUCCUGUUAAUGUUUAUAACUUAUUCUUCGGCUGCAGAACAAAGUUUGUUUCACAGUGAAGACAACAUUGUGGCUUACGUGACAAAAUGGUCAGAGCUUGCUUAUAAAUUUGGAGCAAAGAGAAAUUUUUCUGAGACACAUCAAGAAAAUGAACCAGGGAGAUUUAUACGAGCUGCACCGAACAGCAAUUCAUCAGGAAGAUUGAUAAAAAACAAUUCUCCUGGGGCUUAUUACUUUGAUUAUCUGGUGAAAGAACCAAAUGGGGAUUUACAAUUUCAUAUUCAACGAAGAUUUGAAAAUGGAACGGUAGUAGGAGUCUAUGCAGUUGGAGUUGACUGGGAAAGGUACAUAACAGUUAUGUAUAUAGCUGAUGCCAACGGAUAUCGUGCGGAAGUCUCUAAAAAUGAAGCUGAUUCUUUGGGUAAGCAUGUUGGAAUACGUGCAGAAAGAAAAAAUGGAAGGGUGGAAUUUUCUGUUUGGUCAAUAAAAAGCAUGGCAGGCGUUGCACAUAAUCUGUUCACUUCAGGAAAAGACUCCAAGAAAGACGAUGAUGAAGAGGAUGAUACGUAUGAAGAAUGAAAUCUAUCGUAACAGCAUACAUUUACUAAU